UUUCUCUACGCUCCCCCUCACUGUUGUGGCCUGAGCGCUACAGCCACAGAAAGUGCAGUUAUAUCAGAGGUAACUGCAGCAACAGGUUGUUCUCCAACUGACAGAUAUUCUGAGGGAUCAUAAUGGGAAACUGCACCUCAGGGCUAAAGAUUAAGAAAAAAGGACAUGGUGCAUCCACUGAUGGAAGCAACGAGAACAAGCCCAGUGAGGAUGUAACAUAUGCGUCCAUCAACCACCCCACUGGCCACGGAUCAAGACAGGAAAAUGCUACCAAUGUAUACCAAGAUGACAAUGACUGUGACUAUGCAACAGUUAAAAUCCCAGAAGGAAUUCCAGCAGAUUCCCACUCAGAAUCAUCUAAAGAUGAAUGUGCAGACGAUUAUGUGCUCAUGGGAUGAAGGGCACUGAGGAAGAUGAGCUCAUUUGGACAAAUACUUUUUCUCAGCGUGAAGGAGUUCCGCCGCUCAUGAACUGUGAAAGCUUACAGACAAAUCACGAAUGUAUCUAGAUCAUAAAAGAUAAACUGUGGAAAAACUGAAAAGGCAACAGCCGGAACUUGUAGGGGUAUUUAACUGCAAGAUGGUAGUCUUCCUCUUUGAGGUUUUGCUGCUUCUAAAGGGAUCAGGACUGCAAGAACAUAUCUGGAAGCAGUAAUUUAAAUAAGUUGGGACUUAGCUUUCGGGAUUGGCUUUGACUCAAGUUGUCUACCAGCCACCCACAGUACUACCCAUAGGCCAGUAUAUUUCUGCUGUGACAACCUUACUAAAAGUACUGGAGUUUCAUACUAUGUGACUGUUGACAAAAACAAUGAAAAAAAAAAAAA